AAGACCCUGCUCUGUCUGACCGUGCUCUCUGCCAGCCUGGCUGUCUGCCACGGAGCCUGCUUUCUGGUGAACAACAAAGUGCAGAUAAAAGAGGGUGAACUGGUGUUUCCGCAAGCGUGUUUGGAUCCUUUAGAUAAAAGUGAGCACCCAGUUGGGGCCACCUGGAAUUCCCGUCACUGCCUGAGGUGCACCUGUGAGGGCAUGACCAUGUCAUGCUGUACAAGAUAUGGCGGCGUUGUGAAGGCCCCCGAAGGGUGUGAAGCAACCAUUGAUGAGGAGCGGUGUGAAUAUAAAUUCCAUAAGAAGAAUGACCCCUUUGCGCCAUGCACCCCAUUUUAAAAACAUACCGUUUCCAGCAGGGGAAAGUAAAUAAAUCGCAUGUUUGCAUCUGA